AUGGGCAGUGUCAAAGAAGUCGGAUAUUUUUGGAAAGAAUGGCACAUAAGGGUUGCUAACGGGGCUAAUGGCUAUGAAGCAGCAAAUUCACUACUCACCACCUAUUUUAGCUUGAUUCAAUAUCAUGAUAGGUUGGAACAAGACACAUCUUUUGUUCUCUCCGCUUUUUAUCAACAAUUUGACAGGAUCUCUUGUGAGGUGACCGGAAUGAGCCAUGGAGAGGAGCUGAUUCCGGAGCUGGCCGCAGUGGUUGCCUGGAUGGCAGAGACCGCUUUUCAAAGCCUUGAACUGGAGAUUAGGCUUGAGAGCGCACGACAAGAAAGAGAGACAAUGUUUUCAAGACUACAUAGUGUAUUGAAUAGUGUUUUCUUGUCAAGUCACCUCGAUACACAGAUGGACUCGCUGACUUGCACGCCAACCAGGAUUACCGCAAAGGCUUAUCAAGUGCUGAAGAGCAAAGCAAAGGAAGCUGAACGGACAAGGGAGGUAGCUACUCAACUUUGGGAGGGGUUAGAUGACUGGAGAGAGGUGAAAGUGUCCGAAUUGCUGGCAAGAGCCAGAAGUACUCUUCUCGCCAGGGUCAUGGACAAUCUCGAGUUAACAUCAGAUCACAGUCCUCUGUAUUCCUCUACUGCCAAUCAAGAUUUUGGACACACUGCGUUUUACAGUAAAUACAUAUUCAGAUGA